AUGGAAACGAACGACUCCAUUAAACUUCCAGAUCAGUCGGAAAGGCCGACCGCAGAUCUGGAAGCAGAAAACUCCAAACAAGAUCCAGGUGACAAGUUGUUGCGAUCAGAGCUGACAGAAAUCACACCUGUCGAAGCCUUGAAGUGGAAUGUUGAGGGAGACGAGUCACCCUUCCCUGAGGUCGCUGCUUGUGUGUCAAAUAAAGAUGAUCCUACCAUAGCGUGCAAUACUGUCCGAGCCUGGAUACUGAUGACAAUAUUUGUCAUCUUGUUUUCAGGAGUCAAUCAAUUUUUUGGCUUACGAUAUCCUUCCCUCACAAUCGGUUAUGUUGUCGCUCAGAUUCUGGUCUUUCCUAUUGGGAAGGCCUGGGAAAAGCUUCCUAGAUGGAGAGUACCCCUGGGACAGUUGUCAUUUGAUAUCAACCCAGGAAAGUUUACUAUCAAAGAGCACGCUUUCAUUGUGAUUUGCGUCAACAUAAGCGCCUCCACUGCUUAUGCGCAAGGUGCAUUGGUCGCAAUCGUCAGCCCUGUUUACUGGGAUCGCGAUCUUGGGGCUGGCUUCUCAUUUUUGUAUCUUUUGACAACACAGAUGAUAGGGUUUGGUUUGACAGGCCUCGCGCGUCGAUGGAUUGUGUAUCCCGCUGCAUUGAUUUGGCCUACUUCUCUGUCUUCAACGGUGCUUUUCCGAGCACUCCACGAGCCCGAAAGCCGCAAGCCAGCAAAUGGCUGGACUAUCACUCGCUACCGCUUUUUCUCAUACGUCACAGCAAUUGCAUUCGUGGCAUUCUGGUUUCCAGAUUACAUCUGGACAAGCCUCAGUACGUUUGCUUUUAUGACAUGGAUUUUCCCCAACAACCAAAAGGUCAAUACGAUUUUCGGAAUGAAUUCCGGCUUGGGCCUGAUACCGAUUAGCUUUGAUUGGACACAGAUCAAUUACGCAGGAUCCCCGCUUACGACUCCAUUUUACAUUACGUGCAAUGCAUUUGCAGUCGUCGUGCUGUUCUAUUUAUUCUUGUCGCCUAUUCUGUAUUACUCGAAUGUUUGGUACAGUGCAUAUCUUCCACUCUUGUCCUCUAGCACUUUCGACAACACAGGCGGCUCAUACAACAUAUCGCGCGUGGUUGGGGAGAAUUUGGAGUUUCUAGAGAGCAACUACAAGGAGUAUUCUCCUAUGUACAUCUCGAUGUCUUAUUCUCUCACGUACGGAUUAUCUUUCGCCGCAGUGACGGCGAUCGUUGUGCAUACCUACCUAUACAACGGCUCCGAGAUUUGGGCCAGACUCAAAAAUGUUCGCCACGGAGGUGAAGAUGUCCACCGACGACUGAUGAAUGCAUAUGAUGAGGUCCCCGAAUGGUGGUAUGGUCUUCUCACGCUGGUGGUAUUUGGACUAGGUAUUUUGACUAUAAGGAACUGGGAUACAGAGCUACCCGUCUGGGGGUUCAUCGUGGUUUGCUUUGGCUUAGCUGCCCUAUUGAUAGUGCCCGAAGGGCUUCUUCAAGGCACGACCAACCAAAGAGUUUUUCUUAAUAUAAUCACGGAGAUGAUUGCAGGGUAUGCCUGGCCCGGAAAGCCGAUAGCCAAUUUGAUGGUCAAGUGCUAUGGUUACAAUGCCGUCAAACAUGGCAUGGACUUUGCGCAGGACUUGAAGCUAGGCCAAUAUAUGAAAAUUCCUCCCCGUGUUCUUUUUUUUGGCCAGAUCUAUGCGAGUAUCCUCGCAACGGCAACCCAGACAGGAGUUUUACGAUGGAUGCUUGGCAAUAUCGAAGAUCUCUGUAAAUCGACAAACAAAGAACGCUUCACAUGCAAUGGUGCGAAGGUGAUGUAUCAGGCUUCAGUGAUCUGGGGAACCAUUGGACCGCAGCGAAUGUUUCAAUCUGGCCAAGUAUACAACAAACUUGUGUACUUUUUUAUCAUUGGACCUGUUGUCACUGGAAUCGUCUAUCUCCUCUACCGGCGCUAUCCCAAUAGCUGGAUCCGUUACAUCAACGUUCCAAUUUUCUUCAAUGCGGCGGGUAAUAUUCCACCAGCAAAUACUACUCAAUAUUCUUUGUGGUUCAUCGUUGGCUUUGCUUUCAACUAUCUUAUCCGCAAGCGCGCUUUCGACUGGUGGAGACGUUAUAACUGCAAGUCUAUAAAAAAAGCCCCUCUAAUGAGAAUGCUCUAA